UCGUUGGUACAAUAGUAGCUAGUUUUGUGUGCUGGAUCGUUUUCCUCGUUGAAAACGGCUAAAACAACUUCUCAAUCUGCUUCAGCAGCUUUAAAAUGUCCGCUCGAGAGCUUAGGUAAUUGGCUAUUAUCUAGUAAGAUACUAGUAGAAAUUUGAUUUGACCGUGAUUUGUAUUUCGACCAAGAUUAGCGACCGUCUAACUGCACAGAACUAGGAAUCAAUCCUGUAGGCUCACUAGUUCCUAUGGUACGGGCAAUGUCUGCCUAUGAAGAACUAAAACGUCUCAGCCCAAUCGACGAACUGAAAUCUCCCACUGUACACGUAAUCCGCGAGGUAUAUGAGGGCGAAAAUGCACACGAAACAUUCGAACUUGAGCUGGAUAAGGCACUGUACGCCAAAGCGGAUUACAUCAUUAUCGAACCAUCGCGGUUGGGUGAAGAAACGGGCCGAUGGAUCGCAGUUGGAAACUGUCUUCACAAAACGGCACUCAUUAGCGGUGUGGCUUCGGUGGCGGCCGGACUAGCAUGGCGCGAUCGUUUACUGUUCUGCGCUCCGUUGUGUGCCGUGUCCAUAUUUUGUACAGGUUUGUACAUGGUAUCCUGGUCCUACGAUCCCUGUGUCCAGUAUCAAGUUGAGAAAAACCCCAAAAGUCUAUCGAAAGUACCAAAUGUGAACGAUUUUUCAUCACCAAUAGUAUUAGUGUACACCAGUAACAAGUGCGCCAAAUAUAGCCACCGUGUCGUAACGUUACUGGCCAGUUCGUAUUGCGUGUGGCGUAUCUAUCAGCUUUUCAAAUAACUGUCAUGGCUGUUGCGUUCACAAAACAAAAAAACUGUACAGAAAAACAACCGAUUAAAAUCAAGCUCGCGCUCCACACCGGGAAUAUGGGGAUCGGGUUUUAGUUUCAAGCUUUCGUUUCGAUGAAUUUAUUAGGAUCUAUUUUUAAUAUGAGCAGGUGAAAUCUUUUGAAUUGAGAUACAAUUUUUUGUUUGAGGACUGUGCGAUUAAAGUCAGUAGAAAUCAUGAAACCCAAGCUUCAGGAGUCACUUAACAUUACUACUUCGAGACAUACGCUACGAUCUUAACUGGGAAAGGUUUAGCAGUAAAUUCUGGGGAGUAAUGGAUCUUCUCCGUUUAGAAGUGCAAAUCUAGUUUUGUUUGUCGUUCCAAGUAAAAUGAAAUCUCAAAAACGAUGGUGAAGUAAGGAACUGUGAUCGAAUGCCGACUAGCGCGCGAAAGACAUUGAUUCGAAUGAACUAAAUUUUUUCAGGGUAGCGCUUGGACACGAGGUUACGAGGUAAUUACGUAUGGACGGUGAGAAAAUAGAACCUUCAUACGGUGUUUGAGGUCCAUUCGCUUCCUGCCUAUAAUCUGACUGCCUAUACAUUUAAACUGAUAUCAUAUUGAUAUCGAUUGCGAUUGGGUCAGAGUGUUACUGAACAUUUGCCAUUACGUUUUCUGUUGCUAGUGAACUCAAAACGCAGAUAUUGCUGUUAAUCAAGCUGUCUCGUUUACGUUUCUGUUUGUUUUUUUUUUUAUUUUCCAACUAUCCAAGUCGAAUGUCGAAAUCAGGUAAAUCGUGAUAUUAGAAACGAGAGAAUGUGUCCAAGGUGUCAGGUUCUGGAACCAGCCGGAAGAAAAAAACAAUGAUUAGUUAAUAUAUUGCAUUUAUCGAAAAGUAAAGGAAAGUUAUAGAAGAAUAGCCGGAAUUUGAUAAAAUUACUACUUAGCUGCACAAUUGUCUAGAUCGAAUGUGGUUUUUGUUUCGCUCAAAGAUAAAAUCUUCUGUUUGAAGAAAACUACUUAAGGUAUUCUCUCAAAGACAACAGUAAAUACGAUUAUAAGAAUUAAGCUAGAAGCAGUCAAGCUUACGCUAACUAUAUGGCAAUGGCGACCAAUGGAGAAUAUCUGUAUGCAGUAGUAUUAUGUUUCAUUAUAUGAACAACUGUAAACGUUGAAAGAGGAAACUCACUAGAGCCGUGUAUAAAGUAAAAUAACCAGUCAAACAUACUUACUGUAGAAGAAAUAAAUAUAAAGUCUAGUUUUGCAAAA